AUGACGGGUAGAGGAAAAGCAUCUCCAAAAUGCCCAAAUACAGCGAAGAUUGACGGAAAAGCGCGGACUAAAUGUAGCGCCACCGUCCAAACACAAACAGAUGAGCCUUCUUUGUCGAAAGCAGCUAAAGCGCACGACUUUACUCCAGCUCGAACCAAUUGCCCGACGCAGACGCCGGCAAAGGCUGAAAAUGCAAAGUGUGCCAGAGGACCGCGCGCAAGGGGUCCUGUAGAAAGCGCGAUUGAGCCGAAUCCAUCCCCGCAGCAGGGCAAAGGGGCGCGCCGAAAGAGUCCGGAUCCAAAGCAACCCACUGGGAGUCUACCACGCAACAUAUCAAAUCCUCCGCAAGAAAGGCAAAGUUUCAGAAGAGGUGGUAGCACAGAGGAAGAACCAGGCAGAGCUCUUGUGAGGAUUUUAAACCAACUGAAGAUCAAAAGAGAGGCCCGGAGCAAAGCCUCGAAAAUAAAAAAUGAAGUGGUCGAGAAGAUCAAAACUCAUCUGGAGAAGUCUAGUAAUUUUAAAAGAAUUCAGAUUUUACCAACCGGCAGCUUCUUCGAAAAUCUCAAGAUUGGUAAUCCCGACGAAUUUGAUGUGAUGUUCACAAUCCCUCUGGGCAGGGUAGAUGUACAGCCUUUCGGCUCAGAUGGAGCCUAUUACAGCGUGAAGUUCAAGCGCCAUCCAAACCAUGACCUGGACGAGUUUCUAUCGGAUGACGGAAUACUGUGCGCCAGCGACAUGCUGAAGGCGUUUCGACGUGAAGUAAAAGCAGCCACGAGGACUAUACCAAGCUUACAGGUGGAGCCCAAGAAGCUCAGCUCUCCAGCCGUGACUCUGAUACUGAAGGUAGACGACAGCGAGAUCUCAAUUGAUAUCGUCCUCGGCCUAGAGGUUGGUGGCAGCUGGCCGUCUUGUGCUCAAGAAGGCAUGGCAAUUGAAAAAUGGCUCGGCGCGAAGGUGAAACAGCAGUACAAGUUCAAGCCCUACUAUCUGGUUCCCAAGCACGAAGGGAGAGCAAAUGAAGAGGAAGGUGGAGUUCGUGCAGAAGAGGUCUGGAGGAUCUCCUUUUCGCACGUGGAGAAGGAAAUCAUGAAAAACCACGGGUCAGAAAAAACCUGCUGCGAGAAAAAGGGGGCAAAAUGUUGCAGAAAGCAGUGUCUGAAACUGCUGAAGCACCUUCUGGGGGAACUCAAGGACAAACACCCGAAGGAGUUGUCCAAGUUCUGCUCCUACCACGCCAAGACCACUCUCCUGCAUGCCUGCACAGAGCGAACUAGCGAUGGCGAAUGGGGGCUCUCCAAUCUCCACGACUGCUUCCCGCUUCUGCUGCAGGAUUUCGUGAGACACUUGAAGGAUAAAACACUGCCAAAUUUCUUCAUUCCCCAGCAUAACCUUCUCGGCUCUGUCGGUGUUAAGACCUGCAAUGAUCUUGCACACCAUAUCGAAUAUGAACUCAACAACGGGUUCCCCAUUUUCAACAAUUCUGACUAGUUAAGGACUAGCCAAAGCAGUUUCGAUUUAUGUUUUGAUAUUGUUUACAUUUGUAUUGUUUAAUGAUGUAUGUAACAAAA